AAUAUACGGCAUAAGGGUUUUCUAUUAUAGAUAAUUUCAAACAUUUCCUACAAUAUACAAUCAAUUAAAUUGAUAUUUUGAAGAACUAAAGGAAAAUGGAAAUACAACUUUUAAUUUUACUUUCACCUGUUGGAUCUGGAUAGUGAAUGUCUUUCCACUAAAUCCACGUUGCCAUCUCAUCUCAAAGACCCUUACUUUACCAUAAGAUACCAUACGCGACGCGAUCUUCGAGAUGCAGCCCACAAAAUUGGAUCUUAAUGACAGUAGGAAAGCACAACCGCGGCGUGCUGGACUUACUAGGAAUUAUCAUCAUAGUCUUUUACAAUCAAUCAAUCCACCAAAGAAGGAAGAACGCCUCGAAAUGCCUACUAAGGCAGGGACGAAGAACCGUGCGAACAAUGCUGGAAUUUCUGGCGACGUCAACGACGGCAAUUAUUCAAAAUUGCGGAAGCGAGAACAUAAAGGGCCGAACAAAGAGAAUGAACCAGGGCUACCGGCUUCUUCUACCAUGAAGGAUACAGAUCCAAUUGAGGUUGAGGAUGAGGACAUUUCUAGACUUCCAGAUGAUUCGGAUGAUGGUGCGAAGUAUAUCAUCGACUCUUCCGAUCAGGAUUCCCCAUCGAAAAUCAGCGCAGAUAUGACAAAGACAUCAUUUGGAUCAAAAAAUCAAAAGUCAAGCCAAAUUACCACCACAUCCCCUAUCCUCAAUCGAAGAUCCACAAGUACAAAGCCAUCCGAGCCCAAUUCCAGUAAGGGUGUCAAGAGGAAGAAUGAAGAAAACGACUCGCAUGAUCAAGAUGUGGAUAUAUUCGGCAACAUGCAGAGUAGCAGUAAAAAGCGUAGAUCAUAUAUACAAACGCACAAAGAGCACAAACCUCCCAAACGUAUGUCAAUUACACUGUUGAAUUGCUUAAAAAACUAAUGGUAAAUAGCUGGUGCCAACAAUUUUACGGGGGAAAGGGCCAGACCGAAGAAGGCUAGCAAGUAUGGGAAGAAGGCAUCGCCGGUUAAAGUUUUCAAAAAUUAUGGAAGUAGUUCUCCAAGUCUGGCCAGCGAUGAUGGGAAGCGAAAACUACAAGAUUAUACAACAGAUACCCCGACGAAAAUACAAAGUCCAGCCAAAGGUGGUCUCGUUGUGCCGGAUUUCAGUGAUGAUGAUUUCUCGGAUCUAGAUUUACCCAGCAAGUUAAAGCCGUCAAACGGUACACUUCCAUCAAGGAAAUCCAAACAACUUCAUCUAUACGACGAUGAUAUAUUGGAUGGAACAAAAGAGCUGGCGAAAGAACUAAAUCCGGACACCUUCGGCAUCACUAAUUUUGGAAGGGAAGAUAGUUCAGACCUUGACGAUCACACGGGACCUUGUUGUCCCAUGUGUAACGAGCCUGUGGCUGCUGAAGAUUUGGAAGCCUUUGGGGAGAUGAAUACUCGAAAGCAAGAGAAAUUCUGUUUAUCUCAUCAACGAAAGAGCGCGCGGUCAAACUGGAAGGUUAAGGGGUACCCGGAUAUUGAUUGGACAACUUUGGAUUCUCGAAUUGCCAACCAUCAUGCAUUCAUUAAGAAGUUAAUUGGUGGUGCAUCUUGUCAUUCUCGAGACAUAUUGGAUGAGAAGAUUAGAACUGGGAAAGAUCGAAAUUUAAUGAAGAGCACUACGAAUCUCACACCUGGUUAUUAUGGUUCUCGAGGUUUACGUCUAAUGUCGGAAAAUAUUAUGCACAAGUUCACACCAAAAUUAAAGGAGAGAGCACCUAUCGACCGUCUUAUCGCAGCAAGAGGUCCAACUGCAUUUGUGGAAUCGGUUAUCGUACCUGAACUUACAGUUUUAUUGAUCAAGGAAGAUAUGAAAGUUGAUGAGGAAGAAGCAAGGGAAAUUCUCAAGGAAAGUUGCGAGAUAGGAGAUUUGGUCAACGAGGAGAUCAAAGAUGUUGUAAAGCUUAAGCCUAAGAAGAAGUAUAUUAACGACAGUGACGAUGAUGAUGACGAUGAUUUUAACUUUUAGCUGAAACAAUAUCGCGCGGAUUUUGGCUACUACUUGCUUGCAGAGAUUAUGGAAUUGUAUAACCAGUGGAGUUAACUAUUUACUUUCCAUGAUGUGCUGAUCAUAUCACUGUAGAAGGAUGGGUUGUAUUGGUACUGCAAUGGGGGAUUAUAUUUGGCUUGGAUUUAUUGAUGGAAUGAGGAAGACGAGGAGAGGAGCAUACGGUAGCAUCCAGCUUGUGCGUUAUACAAGUACAGAGUACAAUAUACAUAUAUACC